AUGCAGCGAGCAGCCGCAUUCCGCGCCCCCUCCGGCGCCCGCGUCCUCGUCCGGCGGCGCCAAGCACGCAACCAGGAGCCACAAGCUGGCGCUCGCAAAGCUCUGCUUCCUCUGCGCAGCCCCCCCCACCGCAGUUGCCCUCCGCGAGGAUCUGUGACGCCGCGCGCUCCGCUCCGCCGGCCCCUGCGCCGCCCGCCUGCGCCCAGCGCCAGCUCCGGCGACUCAGCACCGAGUGAGCCGAUCCAGGAAUCACCAAUCGCCAGGGCGUGUGCGACAUUCUCGAACCUCUUCCCCCUAUGGGUCGCAAUCGGCGCCGUGGCGGGCGUCGCGAGCCCGCAGUCCUUCGAAUGGUUCAAGGGCCCGCUCGUCGUGUGGGGACUCGCGUUCACGAUGCUCGGCAUGGGCCUGACGCUGACGCUCGAGGACUUCGCGCGCGUCGCGCGGGACCGCGUGCGCGUCGCCGCCGGCGCGGCGCUGCAGUUCACCAUCAUGCCCGCCGCGGGGCUGGCCUUUGCGAGACUGUUCGGGCUUGACCCGUGGAUCGCGGCCGGCAUGGUCCUCGUGGCGUGCUGCCCCGGCGGAACCGCGAGCAACGUCGUGACGUUCAUCGCCGGCGCCGACGUGCCACUGUCGGUGGCGAUGACGUCGUGCUCCACGGUCAGCGCGACCGUCAUGACGCCGCUCCUCACGAAGCUCCUCGCCGGCACGAUUGUCCCCGUCGACGCGGUGGCGUUGUUUCGAGAUAUCGUCGGGAUCGUCAUCCUCCCCGUCCUCGCCGGCGCCGCGCUCAACACGCUCGCGCCGCGCGCCGUGCAGCGCGUGCAGGCCUUCGCGCCCGCCGUCGCCGUCCUGACCGUCGCGCUGAUCACCACCUCCACGAUUGCCCGCUCGGCUCCCGGCGCCCUCGCCGCGGGGCCCGCGCUGCUCGCGGCCCUCUUCUGUCUGCACGCCAGCGGGUUCGCUCUGGGGUAUUUCCUGAGCCGGAAGGCGUUCAGGUUCGGCGAGGAGGCGUCGCGGACGAUCUCGAUUGAGGUGGGGAUGCAGAACAGCACGCUCGGGGCCGUGCUGGCGGCCGUGCACCUGCACCCGCUCGCGGCGGUGCCGUGCGCGCUCAGCGCGUGCAUGCACAGCAUGAUGGGCUCCGCGCUCGCGGGGCUGUGGCGCUGGUCGGACGGAAGGAAAAAGGGACGAGGGGGCGGGGGGGGUGUUGUGGCCGCGUAG